CUUAUCAGAGAACUUAGUUCUAUCAGCUGAUUCCUUUAACUAUAAUCGUGGUUUCACUAUAAAACAUAUGGAAAGCGAGUAAAUAACUGUUUGUUUUUACUAAAUUAAGUAAAAGCAAUAUGUAAAUAAUGUUGCGGAGCAAUAAAAAUAUUACAUCGGAGAUACUGAAGCAAUUCAAAUUAGGGGCGCAAAAUGUGUUGGCACAAUAUAAGCUUUCUAGCAAGCCUGCCAAAAAAUCACUACUCAAAAAUUCUAAAGAGUUCGAUGUGCCUUUGGAGGACCCAAUAAACGCUUAUUUUUUAAAAACUCAAAUAGGUUCUACUUAUCACAAAUGGAAUGCUGUCUUAGCAAAGAAUCCAGAACUAAAAUCUAUUAAGAGGCAAGAUGCAGUGAACACGGCAAAUUCUUUAAUGAAACUCAACUUCGAUGCAGAAGACAUAAUAUCGAAGCCACUUGUGUUGUAUCAAAAUGCGCUCACGGUGAAGAAUCGUUAUGAAGUACUUGAUGAAUGUGGUUUCAAACCUGUCACACUCUUAAUAAUAUCAAAAUAUGUAACAGUUAUAAACAAAAGUGUUUCAAUGCUGAAAUCAUUUAGAUAUAUUCCAUUUGAUACUAACGUAUUAGAAAACUUAUGCAAUUGCCUCACUGACAUUGAUUUAUCGGCCAAAGACUUUCAAACCAUAAAUGACGAAAUGCUCCUUAAAUACUUACGGGAAUGCUUAUUAAAUGUUUACUUGCGGCAAACUUUAGAUAUGAACGAUGAUGAUAUUAAAAAGCUAUGGAAAGUUUACGGCCGUGUUCGUCACAGGAGUUUCAAGUCAGUUCAGUCGGUAUUGCAGAUGCUGUUAAGAGAGCUGCAAUUUCCAAAAGAGCGUAUCAUCAAAAAUGCCUUCUUGCUCCACGGUGAUGCUGAAAACAUGCGAAGAAUCAUUGCUGAAAUACCGACAAUAGAUGGUCAAGAUAUGAGAGAUAUCGUCUACCGUCGUCCAAAAAUAUUGAUGUCAUCUUGUGAUGGGCUAUUAAAAACACUUGAAUACGUAAAAGCUUAUGGUAUAAAUGAGUCAGCAGUAACAAGAUGUUUGGAAGUAUUAACCCUAGGAUCCGAUACUGUACUAGAACGGCUGAAAGACAUGAACUCAAUAGAUGAAUUUAAAGUUUUGGCGACUAAUCCUCGAAUAUUACGCUUAGUACACUACCAAAAUAAAGCACGCGUGCGGCUGGAGUACUUAAAUCAACUUAAAGUCCGUUGUGCUUCACUGCAUAUAUUAUCUGGUGGAUCCGAAAAAUUUGCUAAAUUUGCACGUGAAGGCUCAGAUCGUACAAAAGGCCGUGACGUCGUUGUCUAUUUGGCAAAUAUUUUAAAAAAGGAAGAAAACGGAAUACGUGCUUUACUUUCUCGCCAUCCCAACUGGUGUCAUAUACCUGUUUUACAAGUUAAACAAUGCUUUGAUUUUUUACUAUCGAAAAAAUUUCCAAUAUCAGCAAUUUCCGAUAACAUACAUCUUCUUUUAUAUCCCAUACAACGAAUUGAGGAAAAGCUUGCCGAAUUACACGAAUCAGAAUUUAUCGAAGAGCUUCAUCUACCGGUGAACAGUAUUUACGAUUUGGAUAAUAAUGAACUGCUAACGCUCAUCCUUUAUUUAAUUGAAUGUGAAUUCCAUUUCACUGGAGACGGUAUCUGGACAGAACAGCAAAUACAACCUGUAGAGAAUUUUAACAACUUGCUGCCCGAUUUUCCAGAGAGUCUAAAUAAAAUUUACAAAUAUGGAAUGAAACCCGGUGGGAGAACAAACGGUUCUACAACUGAGAGAACUGAAACAAGCACCACACACUAGUGACUAAUAAAUUCCGAAUAUUACGGUAUUGGCAUCUAGUAAUGUUUGCAAAAUUUUCCUUGGCGAUAUUUGAAUGGAUGUACAUAUUUUUGAAAGGGAUUUUUUUCUGAAAAUCUUUGUUUACAUUCAAGUCUUUGUUGAAAUUUAUUAAAAAGUAAUUAACGUUUAUCAAGUUUAUUAUUUAAUUUGCAAAUGUAUAUAAAUAUUUUUAUAAGGGAAAUACAUGUUUAAAACAAAGGGA